CCAUGGAUCCGCAGAGAGCAUCACUUUAGUUGACAGAUUAUAAAAAUCACUACCCACGGUGCCACUCACGAUUAUAUCAUCAAGUGCAUUUACAACAUCGCGUUCAGAAUAGAAGGGAUUGAGCUGUAUGACAGUUGAUGACCGUUCCGCUGAUUGUCACCCACGAAUCUUCUGUCUACCUUGGGACAUUAUUGAAUGUCAGGGUAUUGAAGAGGAGAGGAAGAAGCUCCUUGGUGACCUGCUCGAGGGUUUUUGAGGGAGAGCCCCAAACAACCCCAAACAAGAAUACCAGACUACAAAGAGAUGGAUUAAUAGACCUUAUCCACUCACUGAUGAUUCAACCUUCUACUCAUACUUUCCCAACUGCAACAACAACAACAACAACAACAAGCUGGUAAACCUAGAACAUUGGAUCAUACAUUUUAUUAAGCUGACGUAAAGCUUUUGGAGUUUUUCAUAGAGUUAUCCUAAACCAAAUCAAUGUCUCUAGCCAUAAUCCAAUCCUAGUAAGUGGUAACCCUAAAGCAGCCUGCCACGGCCCUCCUGUGGGCCCCGACCCAUCGCUUGGGAACCACUGAGUUGGAGGAGAAUAACAGUGUGGAGGAGAGGAUGGGCAGCAAGAGUACCAGCCCCUCCAGAGACUCAGACACUGAGACGACUCAGAGAGAGGAGAGAAACAACACUGGGACUGCCUCAGGUAGCCUACAGCACUCAGCACAUAGCACACGUCUCACUGAGACGACUCAGAGAGAGGAGAGAAACAACACUGGGACUGCCUCAGGAAGUGGCCCCAGAGGCCCCCCAGGCCCCAGCCCUGACCUGCUAGCCUCACUACAGUCUCUGGGAGAACACAAUGACCACACACUGCUGCCACAGUCUCUACACCAGAUAGCAGAGGCCUACUCCCUGGAUGAGGACUACCAGUGGGCGGUGCAGUUCCUGCAGCUGGAGAAACUGUACCAUGAGCGCCUCCUGUCCAACCUCGCUGCCCUGCAGGAGGACUGGGAGAGCCAGUGGAGAGAGCGUAACAGAGCAGCAGACAGCCCCUCCCAAGCUGAGACCAACAGCAUUGGACAGGAGAACAUAGAGAUGCUGCGACAGAUCUGCAGGACGCACCAGAGACCAAUGCUUAGUGCGGAAAUGAGCAUGGCAGACACGGUGCUGAAAGACAGCCACAACACCAGGGGGCAGUGUGAUGGGAGAGAGAGAGAAAGGUCACCAUCCCACCAUGGAAAAGUCAGAGUCAACAACCCUGUGAGACAGAGUGAGGAGGAUGUUGAGCAGACCACGUCAUCAGCUGUCCCUGACAUGGCUGAGGAGGAGGGAGGAGCGGAGGAGGGAGAGCGAGGAAAGGAAGAGAUGGCGGAGGAAGGGCAAGGGGUGGAUGAAGAGGAGGUGUUUGAGGAGAGUCCAGAAGAGGAGGUGCAGGUGGUGGAGUGGCCAGCGGGGGUUCCCCAAGCCUCAGCCAAAGACCUGGUCAAACUGUCUCAAGUGGAGGAGAGCUCCUCACCAGAUGGCCUGGUGUCCAUUCUAAAGAGGAGGAGGGCGUCGUUAGAUGGCCUGCCCCCCGAGGGUCCCGAUGCAGCCAAACAGAACUCCAAACGCAAGGUGCGCUUCAGCGAGCCAGAGGAUGGCAUGGAGCCAGACGAGGUGGGCGUAGACUCGUUUUUGAUCCUGCUGUUGUUGUGCCUGGUAACCGUGGUGAUCAGUCUGGGCGGGACAGCUCUGUACUGCACCCUAGUGGAUACAUACAGUAGCAUCUGCAUUGACUUCUCUCACAAUGUAGACUUUUACGUUGUGCACAUACAACGCUUCCUGGACAGGCUCAAACACUGGCUGCCCAUACGAUCAUAGUCAGGACUUAGUCUACUGCUGCAGUCAGGACAUACUGUCACUUACUGCUGCAGUCAGGACAUACAGUCCUGGCUCCCGAGUGGCGCAGCGGUCUAAGGCACUGCAUCUCAGUGCUUGAGGCGUCACUA